AUGCUGGCCCAGGGAGAUUUAGCAAGCGAGGGCACGACAGGCAGGGCUCCAGACAGAGCACCUUCGGGUCCCUCCCUCUUCCUCCCGGCGUCGGCGCUGCAGGAUCACCUUUCCAUCUGCAUCGACCCAGGGGUCGUUGCAGCCUGCGCCGCACACAAGCAGAGGGACUGCAAGCCGCGAAGGGCGCGCGCCGCGGCUUCGGCCGCCGCGCGGAAGCGGAAGGCCGGCGGCGACGGCGGGGACAGCCCCGACCCCUUAUCCCUGUCAGGGAGCCUCGCUGUGUUGGAUGCUGCCUCGCAGCGUGAGUUAUUCCAAGUGCUGCUAGAGGAGGUACGGGGCAGCCAGGCCUUGGUCCAGCUCCAGGGCAUGGGCCUGCAGCUGGAGAACACCAUCUCGUCCCUAGAGGCUGGAUCCUUUGAGGAUGUUGGGGACGUGCUGGCGGCAGUGGCAGACGAGGUGCAUGCCUGCACCGAGCGAUACAUCACCCUGCAGGGCGCUGCCAUGCGCCGGGGCCGCCUGGCGAGCCUGCAGGACGCCCUCCUGUCCGUUCUGUCGAGCGGGCUGGAAGGGGUGCUGGCUGCAGACGGACUGCGCGGCCCCGACACCGCAAGAAAACCGGGUCGCAUGGCGGACAGGGCUUCCUCAAGCGGCGCCAGCAGCCGCACUCCAGGCAGCCUCCGCCUGCCCCCCUCCAUCCUUGCCAACAAGGAGCCCUUCCGGCAUGGGGAGUGGCGGAAGGAGCCAUUCCCGGCCCGGCCCUACACCCGCCUGAGUGAGUAUGACAUCCUGGAGCCGGGCAUGGUCGAGCAGAUCCGGAGGAAGCUGUUGACCACAAAGAGGGGGGGCUGCGAUGGUCAGAACUGCACCACCACUCAGGGCCUGGGCAGCUACAGGUCUGGCUGUGCGUGCCUGGCCGCCAACACAGAGUGCGACGACGCUUGCGGCUGUCCUGCUCAAGAGUGCUUGAAUCGAGCGAUAUCUCAGAGGCAGACACUACAAGUUGGGGUGGAUGUGGACGAAAGGGACGCCUGGGGCAUGGACUGCUACACGCGCCGCAACAUCCAAGAUGCCGUGCUGGACAGCAAGGCAUUUGGCCAGGCCAAGAGCCCCGCUCAGCUGCCGCACCCGGACCUGUCCCAGGACGGAGCGGGGGGUGGGGGCAAGCCCUUCGGCAGCUCCUCCACCACCAAGGCAGCCGCGGCCGCCGUGGUGGCGGCCACCGCGGGCGGCCAUGCCGCGGGCCUUGCCCUCGCCACCUCGCCUGCCGGUGGAGAAAUCGAGGCGGAGGGGGUCGGGUCUGACGCCGCGGGCGUGCUCUCCCGCGUGCAUGCCUGGAUAGAGGGCGUCCUGCUGCCGGCCAUCACCAAGCAGGGCCAGCAUGGGUGGGACAUCGCCCUUGCCCUGAAUCACAUCCGCGAGCGAGAUCAAAAAGCUGUGCCUGCCAGCGCUCGGGCCGCCAAGGCUGUCCUUGACAGGCUUGCCAAGGUGGGGUACAAUUACUUCAGGCUGCACCCCAAGGGCAUGGGGCUGGUGUGUAAAAGGCCAGCCGGCCUAUCCCCCCUCACCUUUGUUGAGGAGUACCUGGGGGAGAUCCACACCCCCUGGCGAUGGUUUGAGAUCCAGGACGCGGUUAAGAAGAUCACAGGUGACGAGCUGCCCGAUUUCUACAACAUAGUCUUGGAGCGGCCAAAGGACGAAGAGCAAGGGUAUGAUGUCCUCUUCAUCGACGCCGCCUCCAAGGGGACAAUCGCGUCACGCAUGAGCCACAGCUGCACCCCAAAUUGCCAGGCCACGGUGAUGGCCUGCGAUGGGCGCCUCACCAUCGCAAUGCACACCCUGCGCCAGAUCGCAGAGGGAGAGGAGCUAACCUUUGACUACUCGUCUGUCACCGAGUCUGAGAAGGAGUUCCGGGAUGCCAUCUGCCUGUGCAGCACCGCGACGGGCUCCUACCUCUACUACACUGGCUCCCGUGCAUUCCAGACGGUCAUGGCAGCAAAGCACAAUUUUCUGCACCGCCAGGUCUGCCUCCUCCGCGCCGCCUCGCAGCCAUUGACCCCGGACGACGCGGCACGUCUCCGGGGGCAGCGAGUGCCCGCCUGGCUGGAGAAGUGGGCGGCUCUUGUGUGCGAGUACCUGGAGCAGGAGCAGGCGAGCCUCUGCUCCGAGCUGCUCAAGCAUCCGCUGGGCAUCUACACAGAGGCCACAGCGAGCGCUGAGGCGAGAGGCGUGACUGCCAACCGCCUGCAGAACAUCGUGAUCACGCUGGACAAGGUCAAGAUGGUGCUGGCAGCCCCGGGCCAGUCCCAGGGCCCAGCGAUCUACCUGCUGUCCGAUGCCGAGGUCCUGGACCACCUCUGGCACGGUCCGCGCAGCGUGGGUUUCAGGGCGCUGCAGGGUUUGACCCAGGUCCUGUCCUCCCCCAGCCUAUCCCGCCACUUCUCCGCCACCCAGACCCGGGAGGACGUGGCGAGGCUGGCGGCCAGGCACGGCGCUGAGCUUGCGCCAGAGCUGGUGUGCCUGCUGGGCAUCCUGCUGCGGGACGUGGCCGGCGUCGAUGAGGCCCGCGCCGCGCUUUCCGAUCUCGUGCGGGAGCUGCGCCGGGUUGACGUGGGUUUGGGUGGCGGGUUGACGGCGCUGGCCGACGUGUUGACCCUCUACGCCCGGACCCGCACCUGGUUUGCCCCGGAGAGGGGCUAUGUGAGCGUCGUGUCGUCGCCCGUACCCCUGCACCAGCUGCACGACCUUCAUCUGGGUCAAUUCCCCCGUGCCCCGGGCGCCGGGACCCGGGCAGGCGCAGGGGUGAGCAAACUGUACCGCCCCACCUACCCCUGGGGCCAGCUGUCGGGCUGGUACAAGCAAACGGUGGCGGACCCCACCGCCAGCCUGUCGGCGGAGCGGCGCGGCAGCAUCAGCCUGCCCGACGUGGAGAGCUGCUUCAGCAAGGGGGGCACGGGCCGGACGCCCUACAGCGCCAAGGAGCGGCGGGACCUGCUGGAGGCGCUGGCGCGCCGCCCCGACGCGCAGUGGCGGUCGGGCACCAUCUUCUCCUUCCGGAACGAGGCGCGGGUGUAUGGCAGCCCCAUGCUGGACGAUGCCUGGGACAGGGUGGAGGGCAGGGCGGGGGGGCUGGAGGCCGUGCUGCAGGAGCUGCGGGACGCGGAUGUACCGCCCACCUUUGGCGGCUCGGCGGGGAGUAAGGCGGGCGCACGGUCGAGAUGCGCCUGGAGCAAGUGUGUGGACAAGGAGCGAGAAGACGGCGCAGACUUUGCAUCUCGAUGCGGCGACCAGGCGGUCCUGUUUGAGCCCGGCAGCUUCCACAUAGAGUCGCGCUGCGACAACAAGAUAGCCUUUGCACUGGAUACCGCCCUGCUACUCAGGGUGUUGCAUGCUGCCGCCGCCAACGAUGCCUCCAGCCUCGAAAUGCGGCUCACCAUGAGGGCCUGCUCGAGCAGCAUGUCAGGAGCCGUGUCAUCCGGCAGCGAGCAGACAUCGCAGCGUCCCGUCCUUUCCUUUGCAUGGCAGGGGUAUGACAUGAGCAUGGUGCAGGUUGAGCAGCUGGUGUCCCUGCGUGACCUCAACUCCCUCUGUCCUUUCUACUUGGACAUCCAGCCUGAGAUGCCACGCUUCCAGCACCUGGCGGAGAGGCUGAAGGGCCUGGCGGCGGAGCUCCACGUUUCCACCACCCGCCACGGCAAGGCGUACAUGAGCGCCCAUGUGCCAGGGCUGGGGCUGGGCUCGGAGACGGGAGCCCUGCAGGUCCUGCCGGUGUCCAUGGCGGUGCCCAGCGCAAGGGCGUCGUCCCGGCAAACAGACCCGGCGGAGAGGCUGGCGGCGGCCGAGGCCACGGGCCACGCCGCCGGCGCCUGCACGGUGGCCAAGCACCUGUCCCGCGCCCUCCUCGCCUCCCAGUUCACGGGACCCGCCCAGCUUCUCCUGGGCAUAGCAGGCGACGGUGGCUUUGUGCACUUGCUUUGCAUAUACAGCGACCCGGAGAGCUCUGCAGGGUACGAUGACUCCAUGAGCCUCAGCUUCAAGCUCCCCGUACGGUCAGACGGCUGA